AUGAGUGACAUCGAGAAACUUUCCGCGAAGGCACCUUCGCGCGAAAGCCUUGAAGCCCCUCAUUCCAUAGGACUUGAGCAUCUGCCCGACGACCCCGACGCCAAUCUCAGUCCCGAGGAGAGAGAAAAGAUCGAGCGCGCCCUCGUUCGAAAACUCGACUGGACCCUUAUACCAUGGCUUUGCAUCCUCUACCUGCUGGCUUUCCUGGAUCGUACCAAUAUCGGCAAUGCUAAAGUCGCCGGGCUUAAUACUGAUCUGCAUCUCAGCACUUUGCAGUACAACUCUACCUUGACUAUCUUCUUCGUGUCAUAUGCCGUGUUUGAGCCCAUAACGAACGUCAUGCUGAAAAAGCUACGGCCAUCCGUGUUUCUGCCCAUCAUCAUGGUAAUUUGGGGCUUGUCUAUGUUUGGAAUGGGAUUUUGUCAUAACUACUCCGGGCUCCUGGCAGCGCGCUGGUUCUUGGGCUUGGCAGAAGCUGGUCUCUUUCCUGGUGUGAACUACUACCUAUCUUGUUGGUACAGACGCUCAGAGUUUGGAAUCCGAGCCGCCAUUUUCUUCUCAGCAGCGGCCACUGCUGGGUCAUUUGGUGGUCUCCUAGCCGCGGGCAUUGAGAAGAUGAGCGGCAUCGGGGGUAAACCUGGAUGGGCAUGGAUCUUUAUCCUUGAAGGGCUUCUCACCGUCGUAUUCGGCGUUGCGUCCUUCUGGAUGGUUCACGACUUCCCCGAUGAUGCCCGAUUUCUCUCCGAUGUCGACCGUGCUCGUGUCAUUCGCCGACUCAAACAGGAUCAACAGUCCUCUGCAGGGCACGAGGAAUGGAAGACAUCUUACCUCAUCGCCGGGCUCAAGGAUUGGAAGAUGUGGCUUGGGAUGGCUAUAUACAUGGGCUGCGAUAUGCCUCUGUAUGCCUUCUCGAUGUUUCUACCGAGUAUUGUUCAGGAGCUGGGACUCGGUAGUAGUACCAUCACCGUUCAACUCUUGAGUGUGCCUCCUUACGUCCUCGCCGCGCUGUUCACCGUUUUGGUUGGAUUUGUCGCCGAUCGAACCCGUCAGCGUGGGUUAUGCAACAUGUGCGUCAGCGCCAUUGGGUUUAUCGGUUUCGCUCUGUUGAUUGCUGCCCCAAGCCCCGGUGCCAGGUACGCGGGCACCUUUCUUGGAGCGCUUGGAAUCUACCCUUGCAUUUCCAACACCAUUACCUGGAUGGCGAACAACACCGAGGGUGUUUACAAGCGGGGUGUCGUGCUUGGCUUUGUUAUCGGCUGGGGAAACCUCAACGGCAUCGUCAGCUCGAAUAUCUACUUUCCACAUGCGAGCCAGAAGCAUCAACGAUACUACGAAGGCCAUGGUAUCGUUAUUGGCUACAUGCUCGUUUUCUUGUUCGGUGGGAGUCUUUUGAUGCAUGUUCUUUUGCGCAUUGAGAACAAGAAGCGUCGAGAAGGAAAGCGCGAAUACCUUAUUGAGGGCAAAUCUCCCCAGGAAAUUGAUGCUCUGGGAGAUGAGCGACCGGACUUUUUCUACACACUUUGA